GACGUCCGUCAAAAAAACCCGGACACCCUUCAGGAAAACCCGGACACCCCUCAGGAAAACCCGGACACCCUUCAGGGAAACCUGGACACCCUUCAGGAAACGUCAUCAAGAGUAGCAGCUGUGUGUGUGUCUGGAUCAGACCAAGAUGGCAUGACUUUGAUGUACACGAAAGUGGAACGGUUGUGCUACUUUCCUACAAUGACAGGGGACUAUUUGGUCGUGGAGCUGAAACCGGACGACGGCGCAGUCCUUCGAAGCGACGCCAAGUUCGACGAAGACCUAGUGGUCAGAUUUCACUAUUACGAUGCGACUGACUAUGCUCAAUUGACCAUGUGUUGCUUCGGAAAAAGUACUUGUUGCCCCCUGGUAACGAAGUUGGAAGCGAAGCCCGAUGACAAGGCCUGGAAAUCUGCCAGCGGGACUUGUCCAGCAGGAACUGAUCGAGUCGAGUUCUCUGCUCGUAACUACGGACACAAUCAAGGCGCCAUCGGCAUCUCUGGAAUUCAACUGUUUAAACCGAAGUCCGGCAUGCAUCCUGAAGAUGCAGAUGAAAAUGUUUGUGCCUCCGCUGGAAAUCGCGAUCGCGAUUAA